ACCACUCUCCGCCCCCGCCCAGUCUUCCUGUGCCGCCGCGAACUGACACCGCCCGUCCCGCAGCGAGUGCAACCGCGGCGAGUCGCGAGGAAGCAAGCCAAGGCAACUAGGCAAGCGAGCGAGGAAAGAGGAGGGGAUGGCGGCAAUGCCGGCGCUGCUUCUCCUGGUGGCCGCGGCCGCCGCGCUGGUCCUCCCCGCCGCCGCCCGCAUUCCCGGCGUGUACGGCGGCGGCGCCUGGCAGAGCGCGCACGCCACGUUCUACGGCGGCAGCGACGCCUCGGGCACCAUGGGCGGCGCGUGCGGUUACGGCAACCUGUACAGCCAGGGUUACGGCGUGAACAACGCGGCGCUGAGCACGGCGCUGUUCAACGAGGGGCAGAGCUGCGGCGCCUGCUUCGAGAUCAAGUGCGAGAACCAGCCCGGGUGGCGGUGGUGCCACCCCGGGAGCCCCUCCAUCCUGGUCACGGCCACCAACUUCUGCCCGCCAAACUACGCGCUCCCCUCCGACGACGGCGGGUGGUGCAACCCUCCCCGCCCCCACUUCGACCUCGCCAUGCCCAUGUUCCUCCACAUCGCCGAGUACCGCGCCGGCAUCGUCCCCGUCUCCUACCGCCGGGUGCCGUGCCGCAAGUCCGGCGGGAUUCGGUUCACCAUCAACGGCUUCCGCUACUUCAACCUGGUGCUCAUCACGAACGUGGCCGGGGCCGGCGACAUCGUGCGCGCGAGCGUGAAGGGCUCCGGCACCGGGUGGCUGCCCAUGUCGCGGAACUGGGGCCAGAACUGGCAGUCCAACGCCAUCCUCGUCGGCGACGCGCUCUCCUUCCGCGUCACCGGCAGCGACCGCCGCACCUCCACCUCCUGGAACGCCGCCCCGCGCAACUGGCAGUUCGGCCAGACCUUCGAGGGCAAGAACUUCAGGGUCUGAUCGAUGAUGCUCCCGAGCAUCAUCGCCUACGCCGCCGGCGUUGUGAUUCGGAAAAGAAGCCGAUGCCUCUUAUACGUAAUUAGUAUAGUCAUUAAGCAUGUGUCGGGGUGGGAAUGUGCGUCCAAGCUCACGCAUUCUCGCCGUAAUCCGGGUCCAAGUCCUCUCUGAAAGGAAGCUUUUUCUUCUGAACGAGGGGGUCAAUCAAAAAGGGUAAAGUCUAGAGUUGGUUAGGGUAUAUUUGUCAGUCACAACUAGUCCCUAGUACUCUGCUCCAUUAGCGUGCUUAUGGCUACCCGACUGUGUGGUUAUGGAUCUUGUUUGUGGUUAAGCCUCGGUUUGUGGGGGUGAUUUCUGUUCGCAGAGUGGCUGAAGUGGCUGCCAAGCUGCAGCUUAAAAAACUGGUCGCGGUGAGUGUAGCCCGCAGCUGCUUGUCCUUGUCCCCUGUCAUCUGUCUCCAUCAUGGACCUGAUUUUAAGUACCAGUAAGGUGAUUGGAAUUGUAAGAAGGCUACUACUACUGUU